AUGUCGACCCCUUUAGUCGUACUCAUAACUGCCGGCUCGGCUGGUCUCGGUGCAGCCACCGCACGAGUCUUUGCUAAAGCCGGCAUGCGUGUAAUAAUCAACUACUCCUCAAAUGAAUUGCGCGCAAGUAUCCUUGUGAAGGAAUUGCACCAGAUCUCUCCCUUAUCGAAGACUAAAGGAUGCAAUAAUUUUGUCUCAAUUCGUGCGGACUUGUCCAAAAGGUCUGACAUCCAACGACUGGUCUCGGGAUCCAUAUUGGAAAUGGGAAAACUGGAUGCUGUAUUCAGUAAUGGGGGGUGGACCUCGAUCCAGGAUUUCAAUGAUCUAGAUGAUAAUGUUGAUGAGGAGAUGUGGGAUAAAUGCUGGAAUAUGAAUGUGAAGAGUCAUUUGUGGUUGAUGCAUGCUUCCAAGAAAUACCUUGAUGAGACCGAAGGGGCAUUUAUUACGACUGCAAGUUUAGCUGGGGUGAGACCGAGUGGUAGUUCACUGGAUUGGGGCCUUAAGUUUCCUCAAGAACGGCUGGAUUCAUCUGUGGCAAGAUCUCAACUGAAAAGAUUUGCUACGGUUGAGGACGUUGCGGAACAAGUCCUCUAUUUUGUGAGAAGCCGAAGUGUGACAGGUGUAAACAUGUUGAUAGAUGCCGGGUGGUCUUUGUAG